CUCAAGUGCCAAUCAGACAUCAAAACACUUUGUGGGUGGGGGGAGUGAGGAAAGAGGGUCAUUUUCAUUUUUGAAGUAUUUAUCAAUGAAGAAACAAAUUGGGACACUUUUCUCAUCCAGGGCAAAAGGGCUGCUGCGCUUUAUGUGCAUGUGCCGAGAUUCUCUGUUCUGGAAACUAACCUUGUCAACUAUACAUACAGUAAAUAUAUAGACACGUUUGACAGGUAACCACAAUGAGAAUUUGGUCACGUUUAAUCUUCAUCACAGGAUUUCUGAUCGGAUUUAUGUCCCUGCGAUAUUUUAUGGACUCGGACUUGCCCAAAAACCAUUCCCAGGAUGCCCGGCAAGGAGACAGACUUGGACACAAAGGUGUCAACUUGUCUUCAGCAACAAAUUCUUCACAAACAACCCGUAUCUUGUGUUGGAUCAUGACAGGGCCCAAGAACAUGGAGUCCCGGACCAAGCACAUUAAGGAAACAUGGGCAACGCGCUGCAAUAUAGUGUUGUACAUGAGUUCUGUUAACACUGACUUCCCAACUGUGAAGCUGAAUGUCAGUGAGGGGAGAGAGCACUUGUAUUGGAAGACCAUCCGUGCCUUUGAGUACAUCUACCAACAGCACCUGGAUGAUGCAGAUUGGUUCCUAAAAGCAGAUGAUGACACAUACGUGAUUGUAGAGAAUCUACUCUACAUGUUGUCUCAGCUUGAUCCUGAGAAGCCUUUGUACCUGGGUAGAAGGUUUAGACCUUUCAUCAGUCAAGGGUAUAUGAGUGGUGGAGCAGGCUAUGUCCUUAGUAAGGAAGCACUAAGGAGAUUUAUAAAAGGUUUCAACACAGGAGCAUGCACCCAUUUCUCUUCCAUAGAGGACAUGGCUCUGGGGAAAUGUAUGGAGACAAUGAAGGUGGAGCCAGUAGAUACCAGAGAUAUGAAAGCAAGACAGACAUUUCAUCCUUUCCCUCCAGAACUUUACUUGGUCAGACAGUUCAAAAGGAAUCCUUGGUAUCUGGAAUAUGAGCACUACCCUCGAAUUCAAGGUCCAGGUUGCUGUUCAGAUUUUGCUGUGUCCUUCCACUACAUUUAUGAUGUUCAACUUUAUGCUUUGGAGUACCUGGCAUACCAUCUGCGGCCAUAUGGAUACAAAUACAGAUUUAAUUCCUAUGAAUUUAGAUAUUUUAAUGGCACAAAACAAUUGUGAAACAUUGCAUUUUCCAAAUAGCCUGUUAAUGUUUUGGCAGAGAACACAUUGCAGGCAUCAUCAAAGUUUUAAAACCUGUUAAUUUAUUUAGCUCUGUUUAACUUAAAAUGUGUAACAGGUGAUAGUCCGCAAUUAAAGCUUGUCUUUUUUUUUUCUUAACAGUGAACAUUUUUGGAAACAUCUUUAGUUCUGUCAAUUAAAGAGGGCAUAUUAUAGAAAAAUGCACUUUUGAAUUGGUUGUACUGUAUACAAAUAGAUACUGUAUACUGUGUAUUCAAUUAAAUAUAGGUUGAACAUGAUUUGCAAAUCAUUGUAUUCUGCUUUUAUGUAUGCUUAACACAACGUCCCAACUUCAUUGGAAUUGGGGUUGUACAUGAAAGAAAUGGAAUAUAAAGCCAGUCGGGCUCUGAGAGCAACAGAUUCUGGUCAAAUAGUGGAGUCCAAAGUAAAGAUGGUGAAGCAGCAUUUAGCUAUUAUGCUGGACACAAAUGGAAUAAGUUGCCAACAGAAGUGACGUCAGCCCCAAGUGUGCGUGUUUUGAAGUCAAGGUUAAAAACUUUUCUUUUUCCCCGUGCUUUUCAGAGCAUUUCCACUUUCUUGCACUGUAUGCUGUUUUAAUUGUAUUUUUAUUUGAUUUUUGUGUUUCUCUUUGUUUUGAAUGUUUAUAAGCUGUUUUUUCUUUGUUUUUUUUCAAUGCUUUUAAUCAUGUAAAGCUCAUUGACUUACCUUGUGUAUGAAAUGCGCUAUAUAAAUAAAUUGGCUUUGCUUUGCUCAAUCA